AUGGGGGACCCGCCGGCGGCGGCGGCGGCGGCCGCGAGCGCGCGAGCCGAGGACAUCGAGGUGCUGGAGCCCGCCGACGCGCUGCCCAUGGCCGCGGAGGACCACUGGAAAGCUCUGUUCGAUCAGUUCGACCCUGAGAGCACUGGAUACAUCAGCACCGAGAGAUUUCGAGGCCUCCUUCAACGGCACGGCUCCGAGCUGGACCCGCACAAGCUGGAGGUUCUCUUGGCUUUGGCAGACAACAAUUCUGAUGGGAAGAUCUGUUAUCAGGACUUUGUCAACCUGAUGAGUAACAAAAGGUCGAAUAGCUUCCGCCAAGCUAUUCUGCAGGGGAACAGGAGGCUGUGCAGCAAGGCGCUGCUGGACGAGACAGGACUAAGCCUGUCCCAGCGCCUGAUUCGACAUGUUGCAUAUGAAACCCUGCCCCGUGAGAUAGACCGAAAGUGGUACUAUGACAGCUAUACCUGCUGCCCUCCACCCUGGUUCAUGAUUGCCAUCACCAUUGUAGAGGUUGCCUUUUUUCUUUACAACGGAGUGGUGCUGGACAGAUUUGUGCUGCAAGUCACCCAUCCUUUAUACCUAAAGAACUCACUGGUUUAUCAUCCUCAACUCCGUGCUCAGGCCUGGAGGUACCUAACCUACAUAUUCAUGCAUGCAGGGAUAGAACACCUUGGACUCAACGUUGUGCUUCAGCUUCUGGUUGGGGUUCCUCUCGAGAUGGUGCAUGGCGCACUGAGGAUUGGCUUUGUCUAUCUUGCUGGAGUUGUGGCAGGUUCCCUGGCGGUAUCAGUAGCUGACAUGACUGCACCGGUGGUGGGUUCCUCUGGAGGGGUUUAUGCGCUCAUUUCUGCCCAUCUGGCUAACAUUGUAAUGAACUGGUCUGGAAUGAAGUGCCAAUUCAAGCUGCUGCGCAUGGCUGUUGCCUUGAUCUGUAUGAGCUUUGAAUUUGGAAGGGCGGUGUGGCUGCGGUUCCACCCAUCUGCAUACCCUCCCUGCCCACACCCGAGUUUUGUUGCCCACUUGGGUGGUGUGGUGGUUGGAAUCACAUUAGGUGUAGUCAUCCUAAGGAACUAUGAGCAGAGACUCCAAGACCAGUCCUUAUGGUGGAUCUUCCUUUCCAUUUAUAUCAUCUUUGUGUUGUUUGCUAUCUUCUGGAAUAUUUUUGCCUACAGCUUAUUGGAUCUGAAGCUACCUCCACCUCCUUGAGGGAACAGGAUGAAGGAUGUUGGAGAGCAAAAGACUUUCCAGCCACCAGCUCUGUUAAAUGAAUCAAGACUUAACGUUUAUUUUUCUAUGAAGCUUAGGGGGAUGAGCUAACAGUCUUCUGAGAAUGCACGGAGAUGUCUGACACAGAUGCCAUCUGACUGUACUGUAUGCUGAAGGAGACAAUUUAAGCAAUGACUUGACUGUAGAACUGGCCGGAGAAAAGUCAGGGCAUGAGUCAUACAGGUACUGUAACUUUCAGUCUGGCCCUGACCCCACAGCCUCUCCAUUGUGGGUAAUCCCAUGAGGAAGGGCUGUGAGAUAGGCCUGAGGUAUGUAACUGGGCACUUACCACUCAGUUUAUUAGCACAUAUGUUGACUUUGUGUUUGAGUUACCUAAGUACUUGAGGUGGUGCUGGACCUCUGGCCAGCUGCUUUGUGAAACUUCUGAACUGAACUGCGCAGUAAAAGAGCACACUUUGCUAACUCGAAACUC